AUGGGCUGCUGGUGGCCCUGGGUGAUGCUGGGCACGUGCCAGGGCAUGGCAGGAGAAGAGAUCACUUCGUUACACAGAGAAGUGGAGAAGGUGAAGGUUGAUCAGAAGAGACUGGAUCAGGAGCUCGACUUCAUUCUGUCCCAGCAGAAAGAGCUGGAGGACUUGCUGACCCCUCUGGAGGAGUCUGUGAAGGAGCAGAGCGGCACCAUCUACCUGCAGCACGCCGAUGAGGAACGGGAGAGGACCUACAAACUGGCUGAAAACAUCGAUGCUCAGCUGAAGCGCAUGGCACAAGAUCUGAAGGACAUCACAGAGCACUUGAACACAACAAGAGGCCCAGCAGACACGAGUGACCCGCUUCAGCAGAUCUGUAAAAUUUUGAAUGCACACAUGGAUUCCCUGCAGUGGAUUGACCAGAACUCAGCUGUGCUGCAGAGAAAGGUGGAAGAGGUGACAAAAGUCUGUGAGAGUCGCCGCAAGGAGCAGGAGCGCAGCUUUCGGAUCGCAUUUGAUUGAAACGCUCCCAAGUGCAAAGGAUGAACAUAAAGCCUCCACAGAAAACAACAGAGGUGUUAGAGGUCUGAAAUCAUGACCUGGUUUUGUUUCUUUUCUUGCAAUAAAAUGUGUUGUUUGUUCCAAAUACA